AUGCCGCUGCCGUCGCGGGUAGACCAGCAUCGGCAGCCAGACCAGUACGACCAGCUCCAUCAUCCGAAGCAGCCAAGCCAGCCAGACCAGGGGUGGCCAGGGAAGGCUAGCCAGCUGGCUUCUGGUCUCCAGGAGCUGAUGGCAAAGACGGAGUUCCUCUGCGACGAGGGCGUUGGUGCCGGCGCCCACGAGCACGAUCUAGGAGGGCGGGAUGUUUGCAGCCAUUGGCCACAACACGCUUACAUCGACGUCGGGCGGUUCGAUGCUCAAGUUCAGACAGUCGUGCAGUCGACCCCUUUCGUGUAG